GUUUGAACUUAGGUUCUUUUAGCUUCCUUAUUCACGAAUCACACCCACUCAUCUUCGUCGUCGACUCUUUCGGAUACUCUCGCCACCAUCGUCGGUAAGGGUUAAUUAUAACGCCGGUGAAGAAAAAUCCCGACAACGGUUACUCCGCCCUAGUUAUCGAUAAUCUCAACUAUCUAUUGGCCGUCUCCAAAUAAAUAGUGACUGUUUCUAGUGAGAUUGAUAGGAAGGCUUUAGACAAGCAUCUCAUCCAAGACUGGAGAUGGAGUUGGACCCAAAGAAGUUUGCUGAACUAUUGGUCAAAAUUGAAGCUGAAGGUGAUCAGUUCCUCCUAGCUCGAAAUCAGAUGGUGGAGAAUGACAAGGAGAGGAAUGCGAACAGAGAGGCUCUUACAGCACUUAGGAAGAUCGCUCGGACAACAAAGACUAGUGUUCCUUCUCCUUUCGAUUCUAUGAUGAAGGAUGUCCACGAGAGCUCAACCAAACCUUUGGUCCAAGAAGUUUGCUCGACGUGUGGAUCCCAUGACUCUAGUGAACCCACGUGGAUGGUUCUUCCUGGAGCUGAUCUUUUCGCUGCGGUCCCGUUUCAUGCUGUGCAUACAAUGCUGGAGAAAGAUGAAGUGAGAAUGGAAUUUGAAUCCAAGAAGUUGCAGAGCUUAGUGAAGGAGAAGGCUCUCUUUAUGUCGGAACUUGGGGCUCUUGCUGAUAGUAUUCCUCCAGGCGUUAUCAGAUCGCUGGUGGCGUUAGAAGACAAACCUUUGGUGAAAAUCUCCACAAGUUCAUUGAUCCAUUCAAAUCCUCAGCAGAGUCCGAUGAAUUCACAUCUCUUCCGCGUAAUCUGCGUACUCCAUUCGAUUAUCGCACUCACAAGUGGAACCCUGAUGAUGUUCUACACAGAGAAAGCUUCGAUCUUUGGGCACGGAAGCGACAUAGCAAACAAGCUCAAAGGAUCAACACCUCACGACGAGCUACUCAUCCAGAUCUCUCAGUCGUUCUCCGGUUUGCUUCUCUUUGCAAUCGGUUUGGUGCUUUUCAUGGUGUCCUUUGUGAAAGAUAGAGACUUCCACAGCUUCUUCGCCGGAGGUUCUGUGGUUCUCUAUCUGCUAAUGGCUCUGUGGAGAGUUAUGUUUGAGUGUAGGAUCGAAGAUCUCGCCUUUGAAUGCCCCAAGCAAGCCCUUGGAGAUAUUGCUCUGGCUGUCUCUUGGGUUUUCUUCCUCGUUUACACAUGGAGGGAGAAGUAUGAUUGAUGCUUUCUUCUUCUUCUUCUUCUCAAAGUUGUGGUGCAGAGGUAAUGAAAGGGCUUUGAUAGAAAGUGGAGAUCAAGAGAACCAGUAGCUUGUGGAAAGUGACAUGUUAUAGUCAAACCAUUGUCGGUUUCAUAGAUUCAGAAGUUCAAGUGUGAGAAAAAAAUGUGAUUUUUAUCGUUGAAAUACAGGAAUUGUCAAUGAAAAUUUGUUUUUUUUUUUGUUCAUAGCUGUGAAAGCACAUUCUGAAAUCUCUCGUAAUGUAAAUUUGUGUAAAUAAUUUGUUGUGGGAUUCUUAUUUGCGUGAAAGAAACUAUGUCUGUUUUUGGAAAGCGUUUCAACAUUUGGUGACUAAAUCACAUCCAAUGUUCAACAAAUUACAGCAGUUUCCAAUCAGAGAUAAGUUCAUCCUCUAAGAAUGGUAUGGUUCUAUGGACAAUCACAUUCAUAGGAGCUUCAACUCCAUUAUCAUCAUCAUCAUCUUCAACGCAGAUUGCAGCGUAAUGAGACGAAGCAGCCAAUUCCAUAAGCCUGAACUUCCAUUUUCUAAUUCUCUCCCCUGCCUCGCAAAGAUUGUAACUUUCUUUUGCUCCAGCCUCAGCUUUGAUGAUCGUAAAGGUAUUGAAAGGUGAAGCAGAGAAGCCUUUUCCUAAAGCCUUCACAUAUGCUUCCUUGAGAGUCCACAGCUUAAUAAACUCCUCUCGCUGAGCCUCGGUGUCUGCUAUAGCUGACAAAAAGUUGACUUCUUCAGAUGAGUAAAAUCUCUUUGCAAGUGCCAACACAUCGUGUUUCAUCUUCCUUGUCUUGUCUUCAACAUCAACACCAACCGGAACACUUACUGUCACUCCACAAGCUAUCAAUGAAUCCGUGUGGGAGAUGUUGAAUUGCAACUUCGGGUGAUUAGUAGUAGUAUCGUUCUCCAAAUCCACCUCAGGCUUCCCGUACGGAUUCUUCUUAAACUUCAAGGAGCUUGGAUCCACCACCACAGAGGGUUUGUUGUUUGCUUGAUACCUUGCAAUGGUGGUUCGAACCAAGGUACGAGCAAGCAAGACGUUCUUCUUGUUUGGCUCAUCACUGCGCAUACGAAGGAGUUUCUCGUUCUCGGAUGGUGAGAGGAGCUCAGAGUAGCGUUGUAGUAGAGAUUGGCUCUUCACUUCGUUAGGUAAUAUAUACCAAAGAUGAGUUUCCAUCCGAGAUGGAAGUUGCAGAGGAAUCAGUGAAGACAACAUCACACCGAUUCUCAUCACUUUUUUAUUUUAUUUUUACAAGAAUCUCUAAACCCAAGACGAAUCAAACAAAAUCGAAAUUCGCACUCAGUCUCAUGUAGAACAGAGAGAAAAAAGCCACUUGCGCGAAACUCACAGAAAUCACAAAUGAAAUCCCGGGUUAAUUACGGCGGAGUCACCACCUUCGCCGUCGCAUCGCCGCCAUUAGUGGGAAGACACUUUCUUCAUCACGAUUUACUUUUUAAA